UUGUUAAUUGAAGGGAGCCAAGCAGAUCCUUCGCUUCUUCUGCUUCACAAGCUCACCUCCCAUGGCUUCCUGCUGCUAAGCUUCUACUCUUCUCUCUCUCUCUCUAGAUGUGCUGGUGGCGAUGAGGUCGAGGUUCAAGGCAUCGGCUUCAGGCAGCAUCCGAAGGCCUACGGUCGUGCAUCUCGUGUGUGCCGCGGCCCUCCUCACUGCCUUUGUUUUCGUAUUCCAGUCCUCCUUCUUCGCAGGUAAUCAGAACUCGAAUCUCAACAGAGUAGAAGUCCGCGUUCUAUCCGAUUUCCAGUCCAGUGUGCAGCAAUGCGUGGCAAACAGAGGGCUUGGUCUUACUGCAGAGACAAUAGACCACUGCAAGUUGCUUCUUAAGUUCCCUGAAGGCACCAACAGUACUUGGUACAAUGAGCAGUUCAAAGUUUUUGAGCCCUUGGAGUACAAAUAUGAUGUAUGUGAGGCUAUCCUUCUGUGGGAACAGUACCGUAACAUGACUACAGUGCUUACGAGAGAAUACCUAGAUGCUCGUCCGGAUGGAUGGUUAGAUUAUGCGGCAAAAAGAAUAGCACAAUUGGGUGCUAAGAAGUGCUAUAAUCUGACACUUUGUGAAGAGCACCUCAACCUGCUUCUACCUGCAAAGCCCCCCUUCCACCCCAGACAAUUUCGCACUUGUGCUGUUGUUGGAAACUCUGGGGAUCUGCUGAAGACAGAAUUUGGAAAAGAGAUUGAUAGCCAUGAUGCUGUAUUUAGAGACAAUGAGGCUCCCGUGAAUGAGAAAUAUGCCAAGUAUGUCGGGUUGAAAAGAGAUUUUCGACUUGUAGUCCGCGGAGCUGCCCGUAACAUGGUCGCAAUUCUAAAUGGAUCUGAUAAUGAAGUUCUCAUUAUCAAAAGUUUAACACAUAGAGACUUCAAUGCAAUGAUAAAGAGCAUUCCCAAUCCAGUUUAUCUUUUCCAAGGGAUUGUAUUGCGCAGAGGCGCAAAAGGAACUGGAAUGAAAUCCAUAGAGCUCGCUCUCUCCAUGUGCGACAUUGUUAAUAUAUAUGGUUUCACUGUUGAUCCAGGAUAUACUGAAUGGACCCGAUAUUUCUCCUCGCCGAGGAAAGGGCACAAUCCACUUCAGGGGCGAGCAUAUUAUCAGCUUUUAGAAUGCCUCGGUGUCAUUCGAAUCCAUUCCCCGAUGAGAGCAGAGAGGAAGCAGGAUUGGUCAGAUGUGCCAAGCCGUGAAAUGAUAAGCAGAGCCCACGCGGCCACCCUGAGCUUAAAGCGGAGCCAAGCUGGUCAGACCGGAGGAUUAGGUCAAUUUGGCAGUUGCAAGGUCUGGGGUGACGCUGGCCUGAAUGACGGGCCCAUCUCGGGUUCUCCAGACAUGAGCGAGGUGAGGAAGAACUCUAAUUACAGUAAGUGGGAAGUCAUGCCCUUUGAGAGCCUCAGGAAGGAAGCCCAGGAUCACUACAUUCAGAUGGGGCGUGUGUCUAUGUACAAAAUGGAUGGGAAUAAAUUGGAAGAUCUUGUCUGUGUAAGACAUUCCCCCAAGUCGAAGGUAUAGCUAUACUUUUUUCCUGAGCAUCAACGUUAUUCUUGAUUUAUCAGUCAGUGAGCUGCACGGGGAGGAAUCUCGGGGAAGUUGAUUAUGAUCGUGCAAGAGUUAUAACUGUAUCAACGGCCCGUUUCAUUCCUCGUGUUUUGAGGAAAUCAGGAGAUAAUCAUUCCCGGGAGUGUUGAACAAUACGCAGCAUGUGCAAUAUUCUGAUUGUAGCUUAGCUCAGGUGAUUCUCUUGCGAGUUUGGUUGGGUCCGGUGUUUGAUUUAUAGAUUAUUGCUUCCGAACUGCGAUGUUACGAACUUAAAACUGGUAGAUGGAUCUGAUCUACUAAACAUGGAUGUUAAGUGAACAUAUAGAUGUGUCUUGAGUGAAUGGAAAUGAAAAAUGCAACGAAAUAACAUUAA